GGCCAUGUCGCGGGGCUCCCGCCUGGCGCUGGCCGUCUCCGCGCUGCUCUCCGCCGCCAUCGUGGCGGCCGUGCACAUCCAGCAGCGCCGGGAGCUGGAGAGGCUGCGAAGUGGCGUUGUCAGAGAUCUUGAGCGUCAGAAGCAGAAAAAGGAGAACAUUCGCCUGUUAGAAGAGCAGAUUGCUCUGACAAAGCAGCUCACUGAAGAGAGAGACAAGGCGCUAAUGGAAAAACGUUCCCAGCAGUCCUAG